ACCGAACGUACAUGUUGAACAGCGAGAGGGGAUACUUUUGUGCGCCUCUAUGGGUGUCUACUGUACUACUUGAGUCACUUGACGAUAGAUCGUUGAAAUAGUAUAGUUAAAACUAGCCGGCACUUUUUUUCAGCUUCAGUUUAUUCUGUCAUUGAUUGCCGUCGUAAUAUACAUUUGCUAAGCGACACUUGUUUUGCUAAUUAUUGGUAGUUAUUGAAUAUUUCUCAAUAAUGUCGAGCUACAAGUUGACUUACUUCCCACUAAAGGCAUUGGCCGAGCCCAUCCGCUUUAUUUUGAGCUACGGGGGUGUGGAGUUUGAAGAUGAUCGUUUCGACAGAAAUGAUUGGCCCAAAAUCAAGCCAACUAUGCCAUUUGGUCAAGUACCAGUGCUCGAAAUCGAUGGCAAAAAGGUGAAUCAAUCCACAGCGAUUUGUCGUUACUUAGCUAAGCAAUACGGUCUUGCUGGUAAAGAUGACUGGGAGAACCUUGAAAUAGAUGUUGCUGUUGAUAACAUCCAUGACCUUCGUGCAAAAAUUGGUGCUUAUCAUUACGAGUCACACCCAGAAGCAAAAGAAGCGAAACGUGAACCAUUGAUGAAGGAACAACUUCCAUUUGCCUUAGAUCGCUUGGACGAACAAGUCAAGAAAAACGGAGGAUACUUCGUUGGUGGUAAAUUAACAUGGGCUGACAUGGUAUUCGUCGCUUUGUUGGAUUACUUGAACUUUAUGACUAAAUUUGACAUUACUGAAAAGCAUGAGAAUUUGAAGGCUCUCAAAGAAAAAGUUCUUGUUCUGCCGAAGAUCAAGGCUUGGGUUGAAAAACGCCCUCAGACUGAGUGUUUUGCAGUAAAACCACAACCGAAGUUUAAGCUAACAUAUUUUCCAUCAAAAGCAUUGGCCGAGCCCAUUCGUUUUAUCUUUAGCUAUGCGGGUGUGGAGUUCGAAGACCACCGCUUUGAACGAGACAAUUGGCUGAACAUUAAACCCACCAUGCCGUAUGGCCAAGUACCGGUACUCGAGAUAGAUGGAAAAAAAAUAAAUCAAUCAGUAGCAAUUUGCCGUUAUUUAGCGAAACAAUAUGACCUUGCGGGUGAAGAUGAUUGGCAGAAUCUGAAAAUAGAUGCUACUGUUGAAACCAUACACGAUAUUCGUGCAAAGAUAGCUGCAUAUCACUAUGAACCUCAUCUUGAAGCUAAAGAAGCCAGAUAUGAGCCAUUAGUUACUGAAAUUCUUCCGUUCUACUUGUCACGAUUGGACGCUCAAGUAAAAAAUAAUGGCGGAUUUAUGAUAGACGGAAAAUUGACUUGGGCUGAUUUGGUAUUCGUAGCUUUGUUGGAUUAUUUAAACUUUAUGGCAAAGUUUAAUAUUACAGAAAAGUAUGAAAAUCUGACAGCUCUCAAGCAUAAGAUUCUCGAUAUUCCAAACAUUAAAUCCUGGAUUGGCAGACGUCCCCAAACUGAGCAAUGAAUUCUGUACAAUAUAAUUAUAUAAGUCGGAAGACCAUAUUUGCAUUUCCUUUUUACAUUCAUUAUACUUAAGAUAUUAAAAUUAAUAUUAAUAUACUGUAAUUUGCAAUUUGUAAGAGUACAAAUAAUUAUUACACUCACACACAAAUACACUUAUAAACCUCAUUAAUUAACUAUAAAUAAAGAUUUUAUAUCAAUAA